UUGCCGGCUCAUUCUUUACUAAAUCAGCUUUAAAAUCGUUGUUGGAUAAGAAUGGAAAAUGCCUUCUAGCAGUAACAGUAAAGUAUCUAAUUGUAUCCAUGUUGGUACAGUAGGAGAUGUCAGCUGGGAACAGUUAAAACAAAAACAGGGCGUUGAAGAAUGUGAUUCAUGUGAUGCUCAUCCACCUCAUCUGUGGUUAUGUCUGUAUAAAGACUGUCACUAUGUUGGUUGUGGCGAGAAGGUAGCAGACCACAGUUUGCAUCAUUAUAAGGAAAGAAAUCAUAGUUUGACCAUCAACUUGAUGACUUUAAGAAUAUGGUGUAAUUCCUGUGAAUGUGAAGUUUUUCCAGAUCAUAAUAAUCCACCAUUUUAUAUAAGUGGCAAUGGCCAGACAACACCUAUUAAUACAACUAAAUCAGGAGAUAAUUCUAAUGACAGCUCACCACAAAGAAGUUUUUCUAACUAUGAAGACUCAGAAUCUGAUUUGGAUGAUGAAACUAUUAAACCAAGAGGAUUAACUGGUUUACAGAAUCUUGGUAAUACAUGUUAUAUGAAUGCUGCUUUACAAGCUUUAUCUAAUUGUCCACCAUUAACCAGAUUCUUUUUAGAUUGUUCCGGAUGUGUAAGACCAGAAAAAACACCUCAUUUAUCACGAAACUAUUUGCGUCUUAUUACAGAACUAUGGCAUAAAAAGAGACCUAGUUAUGUUGUACCAAGUGGAGUUGUAAAUGGUAUUAAAGUUGUCCAUCCGAUGUUUAGAGGAUGUACUCAGCAGGACACACAAGAGUUUUUACGAUGUUUUAUGGAUCAACUUCAUGAAGAAUUAAAACAACCAAUUUGUGAUAAUGAAGAAGAAGAAGACGACAUCACCGACAAUACACAACUGCCUGUAAAUUAUUCCACAACAACAACAUCUAAAGAACGCAAGCCAUCCACAGAUUCUGGUAGCAGCCAAUCAGAUUGUGAAUACGAAACAUGUGACUCUGGUUUGAGUAGUGAACGUAACUCCGGUGAUCAUAAUUUCUCUGAAGAUGAAGGUAGUGAUGGUAAUGAAAUAACACGACAAAAUUUGAACAAACAUGGUCGGGAUAAAAACCGCCAUAAUGUGCGCUCAAUCUAUGAUAACUCAGACAUUUCUGUUGCUAAUGUAAAGGACACAAAAGAAACAGCUAAUUUGUUAGCCAAAGGUCAAGGUGAACUUCGGAAAAAACAUCUGAAUAAAAGUGAAUCUGGUGAAUUUAUUGAUGCAGUAUCAGAUCUGGGAUCAUCGACAUCAAGUUUAAGGUCAUCAAAAGCAAGUAUUAUUGGGAAGCAGACGCAGCAUGGAGCUGGCGGUGAUAAAAGUCAAUCAGUUAAAACUCAUCAUCAACCAAAUACCACAACCAAAGGUAUUUAUAUUGGAUUACUACCUAAUCUAGAUGAUGAUGUAGUUUGA